GAAAAACAAAAGGGACAGGGAGAAAACAUCUACAGCAAAAGGACUUUAACAGAAAAACAUAAAAGGAAUACAGAUACCUGUGGGUACAAGCUGGAGUUGCUGAAAACCGAAUAGUGAAAAUGUAUGGUUAGAAUGGUGCUGCACUCCUCUUUCACCAGGAAUGACCUCAGAGUGACCUCUGCAUGUGAUGGGCGAGGUGACUAAGAUGACAACUGUGUGCAGUAUGGGGCUGGUCCUGGUUGAAUUUGGGUACGAGUACUUAAAUGAAGAAGAUGGCUCCACGGUGUCCAUCAAACCCAAUGAACGCUACACACUCCUGUCCAAGACCAAUGACCACUGGUGGCACGUCUGUAAAGAUGAGAGCACCAAGCCCUUCUACAUCCCUGCCAAAUACGUCAAGGAAUUACCAUCCACUUUCCCUUCACCCUUAGACUUUGCUGAUCCCCCAGUGCCUGAAACGAGGCCUUCCACAGUGCCUGAUCUUGCAGAAAAGGCCAAGCCGAAUGAGGUGACCAUUAGGGUGCGCUCUCCAAAAAACCCACGCAAGACAGAGAACCGCAUGUCCACAUUUGGCGUUCCUUUAGACAUCCAAGAUCCUCCGCCGUACAAGUAUGGAGGUCUAACAGACUCCCUCUUAUCUCUAUCCUCAAACUCGGACGCAGCGCAGCAAAAGACUAAACUCACUCCCAGCUUAAUACUCAGCACCAGCGAGACAAAGCAGAAGCCCCGUGCACGCAACAUCAGUCCUGCUGACGUUCUCUCUCGACAGGCGAAACCUGUCGAGCCUCCAGUGAUCAAGAACCCGAUUGAGACCAUACUUCAGGGAUUACCUCCCAGGACAGAGUCUCUUACUGAACCAAAUACAGAGUCCAGUCCAGAGCCAACAGCCAGAUCUGAGAAUAUUUAUGAAUCCAUAUCGGAUCUACAUUUGGAGCAUUUGAUAAAUACAGGCCCAAGUCCUCCUGUUCCACAUGAGGCUACAGCCAGUCGUACCUCAUCUGUCUCUCAGGAAAAGCCAGAGCCUGAGAACCCCACCACAGCAGUGUAUGCUAAUGUCAUUGACCUGAAGAAGCUUACACCUAGAUUAACUUUUGCCACCACAUCCACCUGCUCGUCCCCUGACCUCAACCUCAGCCCGGCUCCAGAUUCUCCUGAAUGGGAACCACGGACUGAACAGGACAGCGGCAGACAACCUCCUCCCACCACUGGCAUGGAUGCCUCUGCCCUGUCAUUCCCAGCCAUGCCCUCGCCAUCCGUGCCCGCUCCCUCGUCUCUACCUCCGACCGUAUCGUUGGGCUCAGACUGGCAGCUGCAUCUGGACGAGGCCACAGGGAGGCACUUCUACUACAGUGCCUCACUGAAUCGGUCAUCCUGGACUGAGCCAGUUAGCCCUAACACAGAGGACAAAGAGACAGAAGUGCCGCCCCCCUUACCAGAGGAGGAUUACCCCUCAGAUGAGCAUGAUGUUCCUGUAAGCCCUCACGCUUUCAGAGACACAAACCUGUCCCAUAUCAAACCCUUUGUCCUUCCUCGGGUGACUUUAGAUCCAGGGACCUCUAUACCGCCAGGCUGGACCUGCUCCACUGAGACAGGAGGCCAAACUGUGUUUACAAACGACCAUACACAGCAGCAGUGGGUUCAGUUAAAGGAUGAGAAGGGCAAGCUGUAUUACUACUCCAAAGAUGGCUCAAAGUCUCAGUGGUCUCUUCCUGAGACUCUAGCUGUAGCGGGUCAGCCUGUGGUGGGCAACGGCGUCGAGACAGAAGUGGGCAUCAGGCAGGACUCUAUGCAAAAGUUUUUCCCAACCCACAGGAGGAUUGCUUCAGAUUAUUCCAGCGACACAUCAAGCACAGGAAACUUAUCAGACGUAGCUUCGGAUGAGAACCUGCGACUGAGGAGGAAUCUGUCUAGCACAGAUGGACAUCACCACCAUACACAUCUGGAGAAAGCUGGAAUUCUCAACAAGACCAAAAUAUCAGACAAUGGAAAAAAACUAAGGAAAAACUGGGCCCAGUCAUGGUCAGUACUUCAUGGAGGCAUCCUAACUUUCUACAAAGACCCGAAAUCUUAUCCGGGUGGGAAUGUGACAAAGACUAAUCAGAUCGUCGCAGAAUUCACAGUGGAGCUGAAGGGGGCGAACGUGUGCUGGGCAACUAAAGAGAAAUCCAGCAAGAAGAACGUACUAGAGCUCAAGACUCGCCAUGGCUCAGAGUAUUUGAUACAGUAUGACACUGACGCUAUCAUCUACGACUGGCACAAGAUCAUUCAGGACACAAUUAAACAUCUGGAUCACGAUCAUUGUUCAGAGGAAGAGGAGGAUGAGGUGAUAGAGAAAUCCCCCCAGCCCGUGGAAAGAGAGAGGAAAAGCACUGCUAUAAGGCAGAGCUCUACGGGCAGUGCAGAUAUAGAGCAGGGUCGUGUCCGCAACAAACUGCGCAAGUUCCUUCAGAGGAGACCCACACUGCAGUCGGUCAAGGAGAAAGGCUAUAUCAAGGAUAAUGUGUUUGGUUGUCACUUGGACACCUUGUGUCAUCGGGAGAACGCUGAUGUCCCCAGAUUUCUGGAGAAAUGCAUACGAUCAGUGGAGCGAAGAGGUUUAAACGUUGACGGCAUCUAUCGAGUUAGUGGGAACCUUGCAGUCAUACAGAAGCUCCGGUACAAAGCCGAUCAUGAGGAGAAUCUGGAUCUGGAUGACGGGCAGUGGGAGGAGAUUCAUGUGAUCACUGGAGCAUUAAAGCUCUUCCUUAGAGAACUUCCUGAGCCACUGUUUACAUACAGCUCCUUCGAGAAGUUCAUCGCUGCCAUCCAAAUUCCUGACCAAAGCCAGAGGGUGCUGUAUAUGCGGGAUUUGGUGAGAAAUCUGCCUAUGCCCAACUAUAACACCAUGGAUGUGCUUUUCAAACACCUACGCAAGGUGGUCGAACACACCGAUUCAAACCGUAUGACCUAUCAGAGUAUGGGCAUAGUGUUUGGUCCCACUCUGCUUCGUCCUGAGAGGGAGACGGGUAACAUGCCUGUCCACAUGGUCUGCCAAAACCAGAUCGUGGAGCUCAUCCUCAGCAGGUUCAAUGAGGUGUUCUGUCCCAGAUGAGCUGCUUAGCCUGAGUGUCGCGUCAUCUGUUUCCCACCACUCAUUUUAAGAUCUGACCACUGAACACCACUGAUGUGCUAAAAACGCUGGAUUUGAACUUUAAAUGAUACACCAAGCUUCAGUGGAUUUGAGAAACCUUUUCAGAUGUGCACACUCGAUCCAAAGCUCAUGAACCCUUUGUGUGGUCUAUCCUGUGGAAUUAAAAAACCUGGAUGAACGAUACAUUUUGUAUGGACUUAAUUAUGAUCUUGGAUGGAUUAUCAAAAGACUCAGUGAAGCUCAUGAAAACAUGAGUUCUGUGUUGAAAAAUAUGUACCAAAACCUUUGGACAGUUGAACACUGAUCAAAUUCUAUUAUCAUAUACUGGCCAAAAUAAGUAAAUAAAUAAAUAAAUAAGGGAAGCAGUAUGAAGCUGCAGAUCUGCAACCAGAUGUAAAACUUUGUAUUAGGGAAGCAGUUAAUGUCAUAAAUGGGGCUUUAAAUUCUAGUAAAGCCAAUGUGCUGUAAAUAUCAAAACUUCAUUAGAAUUUACAGUUAAACAGAUUUAACUGAUUUAUUAUUAAAGGACAGAAAAGCCUUGAUGUAUUUACCAAAUCGUUUGUCAGUAUGGGUGCCAGAUUUUGUAUUGAAAUGCCAAAUAUGAGUGCAGGUUGUUGCCCUGAAGGUUAGUCAUGACAGGUUUUUGAAUGCAAAUUUUCAUGUGUAAAUGGAAGAUAAAUGAUUUUGAAACCCAACAUUUUUGGUGCAAAUUAAAAUCAACAGAGAAACCGAGCAAAUUUGUUGAACUUUGACCCCAAAAAUUUGUAUCUAUGAUUGAUAGAACUACUGCUCUGCUAUAUGCACCUCUGAACUGAAGGUGCUUCACACUGAUAGUUGAUUCAAAAUGCUUAAUUAAAGUGCUUUAAAAUUAAUACAUUAUUACCCAACAAAAUAAUUUAAUAAAAUUAUUCAUCAUUUUUAAUAUAAAUAGUAGUUGUUGGCUUGGAAAGCUUACUACACCUACUCUACACCUACAGUUAACUGCCUUGUUUCUAUUAAUAAUUUAAAAUUGAUUACCAACAAACUACAAAUACAUAAAGCUUGUACAUGAUGGUCUUGAUUUUGUUAUUUCAAGUCAUUUCAUUGUAUAUACACCGAUAAGGAAUAACAUUAUGACCACCUCCUUGUUUCUACACUGACCAUUAAAGAACAGCAUGAAAGGGGGCUAACAAAGCAUGCAGAGAAACAGAUGGACUACAGUCAAUAAUUGUAGAACUACAAAGUGCUUCUAUAUGGUAAGUGGAGCUGAUAAAAUGGACAGUGAGUGUAGAAACAAGUAAGUGGUCAUAAUGUUAUGGCUGAUCGGUGUAUGAAGCUAGUGAAAGCAGAAUUAACCCUCAAAACGCAAGUAAAGUGUUGCUUUGUCCUACAAGGAGAGGUUGCCACUUUCUUUACAAGAUAUUGUGUCUAAGGAAGGUCAUUGAUGAAGGUUGCUAUGAAAUAGAGUGCGGUCAUGCUCCCACUUUUUUUAAAACCUACCCCAACACUGGAAGAGUUUAAUCCGCAGCACACGCAAAAUGCUUUCGAAAACUUGAAUAAACAAUCCAAGUCAAAAUAAACGUUUAAAGAUAAGACUUGUUUGCAUCCCACAUUUUGUGGGCUACUUAAAAACCAUAUGCAGUGUUCUGAUUAGACAUAAAAUCAAGUAUAGUUGUGUGCAGUUGGGGACACAGCCCAUUUCAACUAUUGUCAUUCAUUUGAGCUCCACUUUUAUGAGAUGGGAUUCGCUUAUAAACUUUCAAUUGACUUUAUCCUCACCCUAAUAAGUCUGUUACCACCCAUCCAAAAACCAAAACCUUCCACAGCUUCUCCAGACUACUGUGAGAGUAGAAAUCUGAAAGAAAGUCUAGGCAUAGCUGAGCUGUUUGGUUAACUUCUGCCAACAAUCUACCAUUCUGUCAGCCACAGCCUACCUACACCUACUUCAAUUAGUGACACAAACAGCAAGUUUCUGCUGUAAUGCAUUUACAUUUACAGCAUUUAGCAGACACUUUUAUCCAAAGCAACUUACAAUAUACAGUCUAAGCAAUUGAUGGUUAGGGGCCUUGCUCAAGGGCCCAACAGUGGCAACCUGGCAGUGGUGGGAUUUAAAGCAGCGACCUUCUACUUACUAGUCCAAUACCUUAACCGCUAGGCAGCCACAGCCCCUAAUGUGACCUUUACAUUGUCAUUUUUUUGUUAAGUAGUCUAUAUAAAUACUCAAUCCCCAAACAGACCAUGUUUUAUACUGCAAGAGAUAUUUUAAUCCCUAAUAUAUUUAUACCUGAACUCAAAAUGCUGUAAUAUUAAUAUAUGCUUUUCUUAUUGUUUUAUGUUUGUUACUUAGAAAACCCCUGUACUUUUAAUAAAUUUCUAUGAACCUGUACCAAA